AUGGCGACCCUUGACGCCGACAGUCUCCAGGUCCUCCUCAAUGGGUUGGGCGUGGAAGACUCGGGCAAUCCGUUCCCCUCCGCAGACGUUCUGACUAGGCCACUUGACAUCUAUCGGGCGCACCUGGCAGAAGUCCUUGUGAAGCUCACUGACUGCGAGCCGCAGGUGGCUUAUGAUUCGAUCCAGGAACCCAAUGACUACGGCGAUCUGGAAGUGGUUGUUCCGAGACUGCGCCUCAAAGGAUCAGACCCCAAGGAGCUCGCACUCAGUCUGGCCGAGAAGUUUCCAGAAACACCUCUCUUUGACCAGCCCUUUGAGGACGGCAUCCACCUCCGACUGUACAUUUCUCCCGAAACUCUGGCUCGCAUCCUCCUGCCAUAUAUCCUCGACCGUGGCAGGUCUUAUGGCGGCUGCCCUGUUCCCGGCCUCACAGAUGGCGACCUUCAUGGAGUCUCUAGGAGACGGGUCAUCGUGGACUUCUCAUCGCCAAACCUUGGCAAAGAGUUCGAUGGUGCCCAUUUGCGAAGCACUAUCAUUGGCGCUUCCAUUGCUUCCUUGUAUGAGGGCAUGGGAUGGGACGUACGACGUCUGAAUUUUCUUGGCGACUGGGGCAAGCACAUCGGCCUUCUUGCUGUUGGAUGGCACAGGUUCGGCUCGGACGAGCUUCUCGAAGAUGAACCGCUCCGACAUUUACUCGACGUAUACACCAAGAUUGACGAACUGUCCAAGGCCGAAACCUCGGCUAGCCAGGAGACCAACACAGAAGGCGAAACCGAAGGCGAGGCACGAGUCAACGAAAGCGUCCCGAUUUCGACUCAGCAGGACGAUUCCUUCAAGAAAAUGGAGGACGGUGAUGCCGACGCCGUUGCAUUGUGGAAGCGCCUUCGUGAGGCCUGUGUCACAAAGUAUGCCGACUUAUAUUCCAAGCUCAACAUCAAUUUUGACGACUACUCGGGAGAAUCCGAAGUCAGCAAAUCCACCAUUUCCGAGGUCGAGGCAAUUCUUACGGAGAAAGGAAUCUACGAAGAGAGUAACGGAGCUUGGAUCAUUGACUUUAAGAAGCAUGGAGCGAAAGGUCUCCCAACUGUGACUGCACGUCAUCCAAACGGGACCACCAGUUAUCUCCUCCGCGACGUGGGAGCGGUUCUCGAGCGCAGAAAGAAAUACAACUUCGACAAGAUGAUCUACGUCGUUUCUGCGAAGCAAGACGUUCAUUUCCAGCAGCUGUUCCGGACGCUGGAGCUGAUGGGCGACGAGUACCACGACCUCGCACAAUCUCUGCAGCACGUGAACUUCGGUCCCGUUCGAGGCCUGUCACCACAGCCAGGGAGCAGCGGGCUUCUGUUGGGCGAUAUCCUUGAACACUGCCAGGAGGUGAUGCAAGAGAGCCUCAAGGCAGACGGCAAUGAUGAUUUCUUCCAGAGUUACGGGAUCAACGCUGACGGAGCUUUGACUGACGCCAGUGAAUUUGCCAGGCUUGCUCUCAUUAGCCAAGAACUAUCCACCAAACGCUCGGCCACGCUCAACUUCACUCUCGGCACCGAUGAGAAGAUCGGCGCUCUCGCUGAUAACUACCCCGGUUUGAGAGUCCAGCGGUGGCUCGAUAACCUGAGGUCAAAGGUUCAGGGUGGUGAAGAUCAGCAAAGCCUCGAACACGGAGAUCUCGACUACACGUUCUUCAAGGAGGAAGAAACAUACGCAGAUAUACUUAAGUUGUUGGCUCGGUUCCCGAUUAGUGUGAGGCACGCGUUUGACAAGCUUGAGCCUGCCAUUAUCCUCUCGUACUUGGUCCAGGUGAUUGACAUGUUGCCGUCCGUAUGGGAUGAAGACGAGAACAACACUGAUUCCAAGGAUACGGGGAUUCAGCCCGACGAUGCAGGAGAAGGACCAUCAUCAUCAUCAGGCGUGUCACCAUCCCAGAAUCACAACACACUGAGGUCCGUCUUCUACGAAUGUGUCCGGACGGUACUCGAAAAUGGUAUGAAUCUGAUUGGCUUCGUGCCUAUCACGGAACGAAAACGAGAACUCCCGGAAGUGCCAGGGUCAACGCAAGCGGUCUUGCCCGCCGAGAUGAGCGAGGGCCAACCUCCUACAGUUAUACCGCAAGAAGUCAGCACGAAAGAAGCCCCCGCAGUCGUUCCACAAGGUAUUGACGGGGAGCCAAGUGCUCCAGCUAUACCGCAAGAGAUCCACGAAGAGCCAACAGCUACUCCGCAAGAUAACCACGACGCCGGUGAUGUAGCUGAGCCGCAAGAAACUAUCGAAGAGUCAAAGCUUCCGAGUGCACCACCAGAAGUCCAAGACGAUGUGGCGGAAGAGGCAGCGGAAGUGUCAGCAGCGGCCGACUCGUCAUUGCCGGAAGAGUUAAGUGAGGUGGUAGAUCCCAUAGCCGUGCUGCAAGAGAUCAACGAAGAACGCCCCUCGACCAUGCUACAAGAAAAUAGCGGUGACCCAGCGGACGUUGGCCAGCCACAGGAAGGCAAUAAGGAAACAACAGUUCCAGCUUUGCCAGAGGUCAUUGAAGAGACGACUCUUCCAGCUGUUCUGCCAGAAGAUAUCCACGAGGCAACGAAUGUGGCUCAGCCAGAAGAAAUCCACGAAGUGGCUGACCACACUGCAAUACGGCAGGAGAGCAAGGAGGAGGACGCUCCCAUAACGACUUCACAAAUUAGCAACGAAGAGGCCGUGCCUCCUGCCGCGUCCCAAGACCGAGAGGAGCCAGGUUCUACAGCUGCCGAACGAGAAGUGAACGAGGCAGCCCCGAUGGCUAUGCCCGAAGACGUCAAUGAGGGUGCUGAGCCUUUACCGAUACUGGUGGGGGCAGAGAUGGGCGCAGCCGUUCCAGAAGAGAUCGACGAAGCAGCCUCCCUCGCUUUAUCGAAAGAAGACAAAGAAGAACCAGCGGUCAGUGCUAUGUCGGAAGUGGCGCGCGAGACCGUGCCCACUGACACUUCUCAAAUUAUUGACAAGGACUUGCCUGCACCUAUAUCCCAGGGAACCAAUAUGGGAGCAGCCAGCACAUCAGUCCCACCAGGGUUAGACGCAACGGCAUCUAUAGACACUCCUCAAGGAGAUAAUGAGGACCCCUCCGCUCCCGGAAUGAAGGAAGUCGACGUGGACCUGACUACCACAGCGAUACCAGGAGACGAGGUCGAUGGUGAUCACACGUCAAGCACGCCUCACGAGGGAUGA